AUGUUAUUUCUAGACUGCAAUCAUCCAGUCUCGUUCCGCGAUGGUCACAUCCCGAGUGCUGUUCCACUUACAUUGACGUCGUCUUUAUUCAAGGACCCAACGCCCCAUGCAACAGGUGUUAUAAGCUUACAGCUAUUUGAAAACUUUAUAAAGAUGUUACAGAUGCCUCAAGACGCAACACUUGUAUUCUACGAUGAUGAAAUGAGUCUUAAAGCUACGCGCAUGUGGUGGGUCUUCCGCCAUUAUGGGUUUCCACUAGAACAGCUUAAAGUUUUAGACGGAGGUCUUAAACAAUGGAUUGCUGAUGAUAAUGAGGUGGAGACAGGCGAGGUAAAGGACAGAGGAAUCACAACAGAUCUCUGGAUGCAGCCAGUGGACAUGCAGAAGAAGCUCGUGGGCUUUCAUGCCGUGCAAAAAGGGAUUGCAGAUGAGGCUACACAGUUUGUGGAUACGAGGUCUCCGGGUGAAUUUUCGGGAGAAGAUGCUAAUGGCAAUGCACGAACAGGACACAUUCCGGGUGCUGUGAAUUUCAACUGGAUGGAAGGAGUGGAUUUCUUACACAAUGGAAAGUUCAAGCGCAGGGACGAGUUGGAUGAAGUUUUUGUACAUCGUUCUCAUCUAGACAAGGAAAAGCCCGUGAUUACUUACUGUCAGCGCAAAAUUCGUGCUGCUCAUACGGCGUUUGCAUUGGAGCAGAUGAUGGGGUUCAAGGACGUCAAGAAUUUCGAAGAUUCCAUGCUACAGUAUCUGAACAGGGACGGCUUGGAAGUGUCAAAGCAGUGA